AAACAAACAUCCAUACAGAAGGAACGGGAGAGGAAGAGAGAGAGGAAGGAAGGUAGGAGGCCGAGGAAGGGAGACUUAAAACCCCUCGAAACCUGUCUGGCACCGAGGACGACGGCACAUAACCGAAGCAAGAAAGAGAAAAGGACCUCACCGGGACCUGAAAUCAAUCGACAUUUUCCAGCUGCCCACACUAACGGCCACUUUUCCCCGUCGUCUCGCGAGAAACUUCAUCGAUUUUUAGCAGCAAUGGCUCAAGAGACGAACCAGAGUCCAGUGCCCAUGCUUUGUGCCACAGGUUGCGGUUUCUAUGGCAACCCAAGAACCAAUGGUAUGUGCUCCGUAUGCUACAAGGAACACCUGACACGGCAGCAGAGCAGCGACCGCAUGAGCCCCCUCGGCCCAAUGGGCUCAACUGCUAGUCCUACCUCAGAGGCUUCUGCCAUCCAGAGACUAGAAGCCAGUCUAGCAAAGGUUGAUGCCUCCCCUGCCCCUUCACCAGACAUGUCUAGAACCAUUCAAGGAUCUCUUCCUGUGACUCAGCAAAUGACCGAGAUGAGCAUCUCCAGAGAGGACAAACCUGAACCCCUAGAGCCUGUUGUAAGCCAGCCUGCUGCUUCUAGCCCUACUCCUGUAGCCUCUUCUAGCAGUGAGGAAAGUAAGAGUGACACCCCCAAACCUAAGAAGAACAGGUGCUUCAUGUGCCGCAAGAGAGUGGGCCUCACAGGUUUCGACUGUCGCUGUGGCAACCUGUUCUGCGGCAUCCACCGGUACUCUGACAAGCACAACUGUCCCUAUGAUUACAAGGCCGAGGCUGCCGCCAAGAUCCGCAAAGAGAACCCCGUGGUGGUGGCUGACAAGAUCCAGAGAAUAUAAUAGAUGAGACAGAGCAGCAGUGGCAGCAACAAUGAAACACCAUUGACAAAAGACUGGAGUAUGAGUGCGAACCUUUGAAAUGAGCAUAAAUGAGAAUGGAACAGACUUGAUUUACAAAAUUACAACCUCAAGAAGAUCAUGGAGAGGAAAAAAAGAAAAACGUAAAAGAUCCUGUCUGAGGAAGAUGCAUGAAUGAUCACUUUUCUCCCUCUUUUUUUUUUUUUUUGAUUAACUCAGUUUUUAUCCUGUUUUCUGUGGUGUGGUUUUUUGUUUUGUUUUUCUCGUUUUUUGCCGCCGUUCAGUCCGACGUUUUGUUUUGUUUUUUCUAAGAAUAUGUAUUGUCUUACUAAGAGCAGACCAGGCUACAUGUCCAGGAUAAGCUGUGCUCCUCUCACCCAUACCAGGCGCCAUUAUUGUGCCAAACCGUAGACGGCCAUUUAACACGCGCCGCCACGUGUCAAGACACUGGCUGGUCUCUCAAAAGCAUUCAGACUACACAGAAACAGUCCAUACAAGUUGUGUCCCUCAACCUUUGAACUUCUCGCUCUGUGCUCCGUCGGCGCUGGAGUCGGUCAGCGUCUCCUGCCUCGCACGAGGAGGGGGGGAUUUGUUGCGAUGUCUUUUCCUAGCUUUACCUACCUCACGGCUGCCGCGUUAAGCUACGUUGUCUUCCCUUUUACUUUUUUCGUCAGCUUCGACCCCAUCAGAGCAGUUGAUCAUCGUGACAGUCGGCGUCGGUGAAUUCCCCUAACCCCUCCAAUCGGCACACCUUGCUUUCACUUUGAUGGGUUUUGAUUGAGGCUGUUUGGAGGUAUCAUGCUAGACGGGGACACACAAAUUACUCGCUGAAGGAGUUCCACCAACUGUUGCCGGACUGUGUGUGUGUGUGUUUGUGUGUAUGUGUGUGAGCCGACGUGUGGCCUGAGGGGAAGGAUGGCACCCUUCCCCCAUGGGUCUGGUAGGGUCAAUGUAGGCGUCAAUAUUGUAGGGGCAUGAAUGAAUGGGAUAAAUGCAUGAGUCACUCUUCAUCUGUGUUUAGUGUUUCACAAAUAUCAUUCAACUUAGGGUUUCAGAUGUUUUAUUUGCUGAAAGACAAUUAUCUGUUAUGUUUUAUUAGCUUAUUUUUCUCUUCCAUUGUACUGAUGUUAGCACAUGUAUUCAGUGCAUUGAUGGAGUUAGGGUAUGUGAACCAUGAUUUCUUUUUUUUAAAUGCGCUAACAAAACAUUCGUGUGAGCACAGUGUGUGUGUGUUGGGCUGUGUGCAUGUGUUCUGUCCUCACCUCUUCCUUAUCCCUUUUGACUGUAGAGCUACCCAGUUUAUCAGCACAUGUUUACAGAACUACAGGAGCAUGCCAGAGCUAGAUUUAUGAAAAAUAAUAGAUACCAAGAUUAGAUGUAACUUCUCAUCUGUCUAACAGCUAUUGGUCUCUGUGUCUCUGCUAUAGAGCACUGUAAGGGGGGAAAAAAGGGAGGGGAAAAAAGUGUGUGUGUGUUUUUGUGUGAGUGCACGUGCACAUACCUGUGCGACAGUGUGUUUUCAUGGCUGCCUGACACAUUGAAACCGAUGUAUGUUUGUGACUUGUUUCUCCCCCGUAUGGAUGUGUUUUUUGUUUUGUUUUUUCAUUUAAAGUUAACUGUAUGUAUCCGUUUGAGUUUUUCCUUUCUGAUUCUUAGUUAUAUGCAAAUUUGUACAAAAAAGAAAAAACAAAACUGUGUUGAUAUUUAUGUAUUACAUAUAAUCUUGCUAUCCAGCAUUACAACAGAAUAGUAUCAUGUAAAUAAAACUGUACAGAGAGACAUUA